AUGACGGAAAGAUGUAGCAAAGAAGAAUUUUUAACUGUUGUAAAUGAUAAUAUUAGUGAUGACGAUCAAAUAAGUGAAGGCGAAAUAGAAAUGCUGGAGUAUGAUUCAUAUUUGGAGGAGUUUGAUUCUCUUUCAGAAGCCAAGUGUUUAUUUUGUGAUUUUACCUCAAAUUUGACCGAGGAUAUCUGGAAUCAUAUGAAAAUAGAACAUGAAUUUGACUUUUCAAAAGAAACUAAAGCAAAGGAAGAAUAUGACCAAAUAAGGCUAAUUAAUUACUUAAGGAAGUGUGUAAAGGAUGGAUUAGAUGCCAAGAAAGAGUAUGAAAAGAUUACAAUGGAACAUAAAAUUUGGGAAGAUGAUUCAUUACUAACUCCAGUUAUUAUUGAUGAUAGAUUGAUUUUGGAAUUAGAUACUCUUAAUGAGAAUUACACUCAAGAGGAUGUGAUUAAUCCAAAUGUUGUUUGUGAGCUUUCAAUUGAGGAGGAAAACAAACUAUUAAAACAAAAAAUUAUGUUUAUGGCAAAUUUAAUAACAGAGUUCCAAAAUAAAGAAUCAGAAUUAGAUCAUAAUAAAGACUUAUAUCCAUCUCCAUGUAGUAGAGUUUCUACUGCUUCCGAGCAAAGUAUAUCGACAAAAAUAUCUCCACAUGAGCUUUCACUCAAGUUAAUGGAUUUAUCAAAAAAAGAGUCAGAAAUACUAAAAUCAAACUUUGAUAGAAAAAAUGGUGAUUUAGAUCAUUCAGUUAAAAACCGAAUUAAUAAUGAGGAUACUUUAUACUUCAGCUCUUAUUCUACUUUAGACAUUCACAGAGAAAUGAUAUUAGAUAAAGUUAGGACAGAUGCUUACUAUAACUUUAUUACAGAUCCAAACAAUUCAAUUAACUUGUUUAAAGAUAAAGUCGUAUUAGAUGUUGGGACUGGAACUGGUAUUCUAAGUUUAUUUGCAGUACAAAGUGGAGCAAAAAUGGUUGUAGCUGUUGAUGCUGCAAAGGAUACAAUUAAAGUAGCAGAAAAGAUUGCUCAGACAAAUAAUUUCGGAGAGAAGAUCCACUUUAUAUGUGGGAAAUUUGAAGAUUUGAAUUUAUUCAUGGUUGAUAAUAAAGUUAUUUCAAUUUCAAAAAAUGAUUUACCUCCAAAAAAUUCGGUACCUUUUGAAUGUGAUAUAAUUAUAUCCGAAUGGAUGGGAUAUUGCUUACUAUAUGAGAGUAUGCUAUAUACUAUAUUAGAUGCUAGAAAUAGAUACUUAAAGACUAAAAAUGGUGAAUUUUCUGGCCAUAUUUUCCCUUCUUCUGUCAGAUUACAAAUUUCUUUGGCAGACUAUUCAGAUUCUAUCGACAGCUUAAUGAUUCCUUGGGUUAAUAAUAGACUUUAUAAUUUGGACCUUUCUGAAAUAUCUCCAAAAUUAUCUUCAUUGUUAUCUACUCCAUAUGUUGAAAUUGUUCCAGCGGAAAGAUUACGCUGUAAGAAUGCAUUUGACCUUCCAUGUUUAUCUAUUCUGAAUAUUACAAGUAAAGAGUUAUCAAAUUUAAGACAAUAUUUUAAAAUAGAACUUUCAGAAGAAUUUCCGUUUUUCACUUCUUUGGUAAUUUCUUUUAAUGCAGAAUUCUACUCACAAUUUAAAAAGGUUGAUAUGGAAACUUCUCCUUUUCAUGAACCAACACACUGGAAACAAACAAUCUUACAUAUAAGAUCUCCCGAUGAUAAACUUCUCAAGAUUAUUGGAAGUGUUUCAGGUUAUAUUACAAUAACUCCAAGAAUAGAUAAUUCCAGACAUAUUAGUAUUCUUUUAGAAUUAUACAAUAUUAAAACCUUAGAUAAUCAAGUAUUCCCUCAACUAAUUAAUCAUUAUGCAAUGAAUUGA